CAUCCUCUGGCCACUAGUCCAGCUUGGAUUCAGGUCCCUCCUCCUCUCAGCAUGGUGCUGCCCUGGGCCCUGACCAUCCUAAGCCUCCUUCCUUUGCUGGAAGCCCAGAGCCCAGUGUGUGGCAACCUCACAGGGAUAUCGAUCACCAAUGCCACUCUGGACCAGCUUACUGGUAAGUGGUUUUACAUUGCCUCGGCCUUCCGCCACCCCGUGUUCAAUCAGUCAGCUAGAACCAUCCAGACAGCCUUCUUUUACUUCGCCCCCAAUCACACGGAGGACCUGAUUCAUCUCAGAGAAUACCUCACCAUAGACGGCAAGUGUGUUUACAACACUAGCUAUCUGAAUGUCCAGAGGAAGAAUAGGACCUUGUCCAAAACUGAGUUUGGCAAGGAGGAGUUUGCCCACAUGGUGCCCACCAAGGACCCCAAAAUAUACAUGUUCACCUUUUACCCAAAUGACAAACAGAAAAUGGGGCUCUCCUUGUAUGCGGAUAAGCCAGACUUGAGCCAAGAGGAGAUGCAAGAGUUCUAUGAAGCCAUUGCAUGCAUGGGCAUGGACAAAUCAGACAUCAUCAUCACUGAGGAGAAGAAAGAUAUGUGUAGGCAACUGGACAAGCAGCAUCAGGAGGAAAGGAAAAAGGAAGAUGGGUCCUAGGAGGACACAGCAGUGGGUUAGGAACACAGGGAAUUUGGGCACCCAUCCUCAGACCCCCUCAGUCAUACCCUUUGGUUCACAAUUAUUUUUGUCCAUUGCAUCAAUAAAGUUCAUUCAUCUAUCCA